AUGGACCAUUCAAAAUCUCAAUCUGUAGACUCGCCUAUGCCGCAUCAAGACCGCGUACGUCAAUGCUGCCCUGACCUACCACCCUCUCCACCUCACGCCGAGUCUUUUGCCCUGACACCUAGCACCAAAGGAACCACCAUCGACGGCGACGGCAACAUAUACAUCCGUGACACCAAUCUCCUCGCUAUCUGGAAGGUGACUCCGGAAGCCGGUGCCACCAUUCUAGUUCAGGAUGGCGCCUUACUCUGGACUGGCCAGAUGUGGGUCAACGAUAUUAAGAAGCUCUGGUUGCCGGCUUCUCUAAUACAUCCUGGCGGCAGUGGCUUGAUGGUCGAUGGGCCCAAGUACAUUUUCACCUAA